UAUCCAGUAUUGAUGCGUCACACAGGAACAAACAGCAGAGUAGUAACAGAUGACAAAAUUAUUGUUGUCGGAAAGAUCACAGUAAGUAGGAAAGUCAGAAAACCGCAAAGAUAACUAUGCAUGGAUUCUGGAUUUCUGCUACUCUUUGUUGUAAUGCGGAUAUAAUGAGACUGGAUUAAAGUCAUAUUUACUUAAAAACCCUGACGGAUUGAAUAAACCGAAAGUAAACGAGGUGAACUCGGCUGUGUGGAUAUAAACAGAGAAAACAGGUGGUUGGGGUUUUGGUUUUCUGUAAUGCAUUUAGUUUCAUUCUGAAGAAAAAGAGGAAACCGUUUCCACGGACGGCAUCUCCUAUCAGCUAUGGCCUCCCGUGAUAAUAAGACUUACUUCAUCAUCACUGCAAAUCCCGUAUCAUACGAAUGGUUCAAAGCAGGAACAAUUUGCUUCAUAAAUGAGACUCCAUAUUCAUCUCUAAAACCUCCAAACAAAGACACCAUAACUGUCAGGUGUUUAGACGGCGCCAGUGUACCUUGCGACCUGCCAUUUAAUAUUCUGUUUCCACUGACACGGCAACAGUCAGAAUUUCUCUUGGCAGUUGAAAGUUUGGAAGACAGACUGAAGGAAAUUGGACAUUUCGCGGCGUUCGACCAAGCCGUGGAAUUGACCGUCGGCUCAGAAGUCACAGUGGAGCAAAAUGGCAAGUGGCUUAAAGGUGUGGUUAAAUACAUCGGUCCGCUCUCUACACCAGACUCUCUCAAGCCUAUUGUAGGAGUAUUUUUUGGAGUCGAACUGCAGGAAGAAGAUAAGGGCAAAGGCCAAACUGAUGGAAAGUUCAGUUACAAAGCAUACUUUCAAUGUGCGAGAGAUUGUGGCGUUUUUGUCCCUUUCACCAGAAUCAAACCACUGUACCCCAAACCGACAGCGCCAUGGGUCGGCAUCCCAGAGAAUCCCACACCGAUGUUUUCUGUUGGAGAUCGCGUGAGCUACAUUCUGGAAGAUAAAAGUGACUGUCAGUAUGGGAUGGUCCUGGAACUUAUGGAAGGUGGCAGGAUUUUGAUCUCAACGGACAUAGAUGAAAAUGGACAGGCUGGAGGAGAGAGAGAAAUUCCAUGGCACUGCGUUAUUAAAGACGAGGAGUUAAGUACAGACGAGUGGCACAAAUGUAAACCAGAAAAGGUGGCUGUUUCUGAAAGUCCAGAUAAGGAUCCCGGUGCUGAUGGGUGUAUACGGGUGGGGUCCACAGUGGAGGUUCGUCUGGCUGGAGGCCCUGCCUAUGCGACAGUGCGUUGGAUUGGCUCUCUUCCAAAUAUGCAGAACAGGAUGGCAGGCCUGGAACUGAAAGAGGCACGUGGAGUGAGUGACGGGACGUUUAAAGAUUUUCGGUAUUUCACAUGUCCACCUAAGCAUGGCCUCUUUGUGAGGGUUUCCUCUUGUCAGCUUAGUGAGCAUUUCCUGGGCGAGACUGCAGUUGAUGGACACUUUGACAGUGAGGGACAGGAGAUAUCCGCUGUCCCACCCCUGAGUUCUGAGGACGUGGUGACGGUUCUGACUGGCCAGAUGAAGGGGAUCCAGGGUCACUGUAACUCCUGUUACAUGGACUCGGCCCUAUUUAGUUUGUUUUCCUGCUCAUCAGUACUGGACACUCUGCUGUUUAAAAAGACUAAACCGAAUGAUGAAAACAUCCAGAAGACUCUUCUGAGGGACAUCGUGUGUCCUCUGCGCAGCAAGGGUUUUGUUCCUGAGCGAAGUGUGAUGAAGCUUCGGAAACAGGUGCAGGAGCGAGGUCACUGUCCUAGCUACACCACGGAUGAGAAAGAUCCAGAAGAGUUUCUUACUCUCAUCAUGCAAGACAUUCUGUCACUGGAGCCUCUUCUGAAACUGAAAUCAUGUAAUCAGUCUAAAGGUGCAACAGAGAUGGAGCAGACGAGUUACUUGUACCAAAUUUUCAUGGAUUACAACCACAGUCUGGUUUUACCGACAGUUCAGCAGCUGCUGGAGCAUUCUUUCUUCAACAACAACAUCAAGCUAGCAGAGGUGCCUUCUUGCCUGAUCCUGACAAUGCCUCGCUCUGGGAAGCAGUUUAAAAUGUUUCCAAAAAUCAUUCCCUCAUUACAGCUAGAUAUCACUGCUCUUCUGUCCAACGGUCUUCAGCAGUGUGUGCUGUGUGGACAGUUGGCACAUGUGGAGUGCAGCCAAUGCUUCACAGAUUCAGUUUUCAGCAAUACAGGAUUCAAGGUUUUCUGUAAAAUGUGUUCAGCUCAGGUCCACUCUAACCCCAGCCGACAGUCUCACAAACCCACAUCCCUGCACCUCCCUGAAGGAUUUUCUCACUCGCACAGUCCUGAUAGACUAGAACACACGCCCCCACGAGAAAAACUGGAGCUGUUUGCUGUACUGUGCAUAGAGACCAGCCACUAUGUUUCGUUUGUCAAACACGGACCAAAACCAACCGACUGGAUCUUUUUUGAUAGCAUGGCUGACCGAGUGGGUGAAACUAACGGCUACAAUAUUCCGGAGGUUAAAGCAUGUCCAGAAGUGGCACGCUACCUCACUAUGCCUCUAGCUGAGCUGGCUAAGCAGGUACCUCGUGAAAUGGAUGGUGUGGCAAAGAGACUCUUCUGUGAUGGCUAUAUGUACCUGUACCGGAGCCCCAGCAUGGCCCUGUAUCGUUGAUGCAAUCAUGUGAUGCUCAAAACAAAUGUCUACACAUUGACCCACACAUUUUGAACUCAAGUCUAACAUGCCUAUUAGUAUAACUAAUGAUAUUAAUUCUGAAACCGAAACUUUCUAUCCCACGUUUAAGUCUUUAGCGGUUUAUUGGAUUUGGGCUGCUUUUUGGCACUAAUGGGAAAUACAGUAUUCUUAUAUACGGUAAAUACAGUAUACUUUGCAUAGUGCCUUGAAAUGACCAUUGGAUAUAGUUAAUGCAAAAUAUUACUGUUAUCAUCAAAUGUGAAUUCUUAGUGCCACCAUUUUUAUUCAGUUUCUAGGAAAUGAUGUCUGACCUUACAAAACUCAUGAAAUUUACUCUGAAAAGUGGAAGAGUGGUGAUUUCUUUUACCAAGUCCAGUAAUUCCAGAGUUGCAUUUAUUGCCUUAUUUCUUCACAAGAGAGAUGUGAGAAAUGUAAUGUCAAUCAUACAACAUCCUGUUGAACCAAAUACAGAAAUCACUGCCAGACCUGUGCAUAUUGGGAUCACCGAGACGAAACAAAUAUUAUAAACCCAUGAAAUAGCCUGCUGUAUACAUUAUAUAAUGGCACUACUGCCUUUACAAGUGAAAACAAAAAGUCAAGAAUGAGCACAAAUUACUAUACAUUUGCUGUUAAGUACAACAAAAAAGUUUUGCUGUGUAAACUAAAUAAAAACAGAAUGUGAUGAUUUGCAAAUUAUGGAAACCUUAUAUUUCAAAAGCCAGCAUCUAUGACGGUAUGAUGGUGCAUUAGUGCACGUGACCUGGGUAGCUUGCACAUCUGGGAAGGCAUCAUUAAUGCUGAAUGAUGUAUACAUGUUUCAGAGCAAUAUACUGCCAUCCAGAUGACGUCUUUUUUUUCAGGGAAGGCUUUGUUUAUUUCAGCAAGACAAUGCCAAACUGUAUUGUGCACAUUUUACAUCUGCAUGGCACCAUAGUAAAAAGAGUGCAGGUGCUAAACUGGCCUGCUUGCAGUCCAGCCCUGUCUCCUGUUGAAAAUGUUUGGCGCAUUAUGAAAGAAGCACAAAAUAUGACAAAGGAGACCCCGAACUGUUGAGCAACUGAAAUUGUAUAUCCGGCAAGAAUGGGACAACAUUUCUCUUUCAAAACUACAGCAAUUGAUCUCCUCAGUUCCCAAACGUUUACAGAGCAUUGUUAAAAGUAGAGGUGAUGCAACACAGUGGCAAACAUGCCCCUGUCCCAGCUGUUUUUGAAAUGUGACUGGCAUUAAAUUCAAAAUGAGCAUACAGUUGAGGUCAGAAGUUUACAUAC